CACACACACACACACACACACACUCGUGCUCAACUGAACACCAUUCCACUCACGCUGCAAUUUUUGCACGUCUUUGUUAAAUUGCUGCUAAGAAUACCAUAAAAAAAAUACUGUAUUGCCCACCUUUUUGCUGCUAACUAAUAUGUUAUGUUUACAUUUACAGCAUUUAUUAUUAUACUGUAAUAUCUUUUUGCACUUUAUUCCACACUAGAAGUGUGUACUGGUCGGCGCUGCACUGUCCUUUACUGUGCCUAUUGUCCUGUUUUAGUAAUUAUUGUACUGUCUUGCACUGUUUGCACACAUCUGCACACGUGCACUUCACGUAGUCCUGUGUAGGUCUGUGUAGUCUUGUUUAGUUCUGUGUAGUCUCAUAGCUCUGUGUUGUUUUAUGUAGCACCAGCUGCAUAUGGUUGAAAUGACAGUAAAACCACUUGCCUUAUAUCACAGCACUGAUAAAGAUGUGUGUAAAUGCUGAAUUGUUUUGCUGUGAUGAGACAUUUAUUUAGCGUUUAUGGAAGGAGUCUCCAGUGUCGGUGCUUUGUAACAGGACAAAGUAGGUCUACAUCUUGACAAGUUCAAGAGGAAAAAAAAAAAAACCGCAAGUCAUGACAGGAACUAAGUUGUUCUGAGGACAUGCAUGGUUCGGUAACUCUUUGCUUCAUCACACCACCACGUCAUUUUACCUUUUUUUUUAUUACUUUUUUUUCCUCCACAUCCCCUAGGUGUUUUACUCCAAAACACAGUUUUAAACCUUACCUCUAUCUGUGUAAUCUGUAGCCUGUAGGACAUUACAAUGGAUGAUAGUAAAUCAUUUGAAGAAUACUGGUGAUGGGGUAGAAGGUAUCUGACACUUAGCAACAUGUGCAUAGCAACAGAUACAGCGCCAGAUGGCUACAAAGUGGCCUAUAUGGCAUGUGCUAAAAGCGUAAUUACAUGGUACAUGUAUUUUACAGACUGGCACCUCGAUGUAUAAAUGGUACAUUACAAACCAUUACUUCUGUAUGUUUCCUGUCACUCAGAAGUACGUCUGGCUAUGAUUAACAUCAUGCUUAUAAACGCUCCUGGUGGUGAAUGACGCAACGUGCAUGCGGAAAUUCACAUUAAUCUUUUUGGUGGCUGGUUGGUGACACGCUCUUCAGUUCUCCUCAGCUCUAACGCGAGAAGAAGUGCUGAAGGAUUUGCACUGAAGCGGCACAAUGGAUAUAUUAGUGAAAGAAGGCUCGCUGUUUUUACAGGGAGUCAAAUUUGGAAAGAAGAUCUGGAGGAAGAUUUGGGUGACAGUGUUUAAGCCUAGCCAGGCGGGAAUCGGUCGCAUUGAGAUGUAUGACAUGAGGGAAGGAGCAGGCAUGUCUGCGAAGCUUGCCAUGCUAAAGAAAGCUGAGAAGCGGGUGAUCCGGCUGGCAGAGUGCCUCAGCGUGACGCCGGCGCUGGGUGAAAGCUGCCCGGCAGGCUGCACAGCCUUUUACCUCAACACAGCUCAGCGCAUCUACACGCUGGCAGCGCCGACGCAGGACGACUGGGUAUCUGCUCUCUGCUCUCUGGCAUUUCAGUGGAACGAGGGAGGUGGCGAGGCCAGGAGAGCGCAGGGAGAUGGUGGUGGUGAUGAUGCGCCCAUGACUGAAAACGACAUCUACUCCACCUUGAGUCCAGGUCAGUUCCAGGUGACGGUGGCAAGCUCAGAGGCAUCCAUUCGUUGCUGCAUGUUCGGAUCGUACCUGCUGUCCCCUGAGAAAGAGUCCCUGUGCCUGCUGAACAUGAAGACAGGCCAUGCUGCGUUCUGCUGGCCGUAUCGCUUUCUCCGCAGAUUUGGCCUGGUCAAGGAAGGAAUAACUAUCGAGGCAGGCCGUCGUUGCCAAACAGGAGAGGGCCUCUUCAUUUUCCUUUCCAAGCAGGGGCCACAGAUCUACCGGGCUAUCGAGGAGGCCAUCAUGCAUCAAAGCGUGCAAGACCUGCUGUCCAAAGCUACCGCUUUGCCGCAAGAGAAUACGCUCCCACCGCCACCGCCACCGCCACCGCAAACAGCCAGUCCGGCAUCUCCAAAAUCUGGCAUCUCUCGAAGAAACCUUGCACUACCUGCACUUCCCGGCACAAAACCCCCCAUCAGAAGCCCUCAACCUGAAUCUACCGAAGCACUGUAUGCCAAGGUAAAGCCUCUGCCCAAACCAAGAAAUGUACCGACACCUCCAGCUUUGCCUGUGCCCAAACUCAUGCCUGAGCCAGAGACAAAGCCAAAAGAUUUGGACAUUAGUGACCAGGAACCUGACUAUGAGUCCUGUGACUGGAACCAGAAAACCCAGACGAAGGAGGACAGUUCUGACAGUCAGUUGUACAGCACAGUCAGACCUCUGCUCCAUACCAGAAGAAAACCCGAUGUAGAUACCAACCAAGAGCAGCUUAAAAGCAGCCGACAGUCUCCCGAAUUUGGCCACGCCGAAGUCCCGGUCAGCUUCAAACAAAUCCUAUCCGAUGUUCUCUUCAAAGAUGUGACCAGGAUCGCACCACCUCCUCCACCCAAAACAUACAGAGAGAACUCAAAUCUCUCAGCUGAACCGGAUUACUAUGAGAUCCAGAAAUGAACUAACCACUAUUAAAAGAAACCCAACCGUAGUGUGUUCGGAAGGUCUGAAGCAACGUGGAUCUGAUUUCCCAGCUGUUGUAAAACCUUCGUGCAAAAAUGCUUUUUCUAUCAGGUCUCAAUUUGAUUUCUCUGGUACCAAGUGUAUGAUGGAGCUUGAAAUAGUGCAGAUUGAAGAUUGGUAGAACGCUAUCGUGACUGAAUUGUCCUGAUGCGUCAAAAAGUUCGAAGACGUAGUUCGAAGACGUAUCAGACUGCGUUCGUGCACCAGUGCAUCAUUCUCAUUGAAAUGAAUGGUUUGUGAGCGCUACAGAAUGUAUUUAUUGCACUCUGCUUGACAAAUUGCCUUUUAAGUGUUGCUGUAUUAAAGUAUUGGCACUCCUAGCUCUGCUUGGGUUGCUGGCUACUACUUCAGCCGGCCAACCAACUUGCUGUGUUGCUCUUGUACUUAAUAGUUCACUCUGUUAUGGAGACAUCCAACUGAGCCAAGAACAUUUUAAUGUACAAUAAGUUAUGUCUAUUUUUUUAAAUAUCAUAUCAAAGAAAAUCAACAUUUUGAAUAGUUCCAUACUAACUGUGCUCAUUACUAGUUAUCAGCCCACAGCCUCCAGAGAAAAGAUUGACAGAUCUUGAAUAAUGUACUUGAAUAAUGUACGGAUAGUUAUGGGUUCGGUACUAAGAAUUGGCCGAUACUCCGAGCUCCGGGAGCGCUCGUUCCCUAAUGAACACGAUUAGAUCCAGUGCGUUCCUUUGCACUAUGCAUACAGUAACUGCAAUGAUAUUGAAUGUAAGGAAAAUUGUUAUUUAUGGUGAACAUGAUGAGUGUGUCAGAGGUUACACAUAAUGUAAUAAUAUAUAAUAUAAAACAUAUUUAAUCAUAACAGAAUGUAAAUGGUCUAUACAUUAAAACA